GCGGUCGGGUAGUCAAAAAGUUUUAGGUCAAAAGGGUAUACGUAAGAUUUUUCUGAUCAACCCGACCCGUAGAAGCUUCUUUGCUGGCCGCGUAAAUUGGUGUUGCACGCGGCCAUCAGAUGAAGAACAUACAUUUAGAUCCAGAAGCAAAGCCAAAGCUUUGAUAUUCUCAUAAAGAAAAGAGGUCAAGAAAAUCAUCAACGAAAAGCCCUUACUUGCCCGGUAUAUUUCCCAAUUAUAAGCUUAAAAUCUCUGCCUUGUAUUACAAGCCACCUCUUCAAAGUGGUUAAUUAAAAAAAUGGUGAGGAGAAGAGAAAGCCUUACCUUACCAAUCUCGUCUUCAACGCCAUCGCUUCCUGAACCUGAUAUUAGAACAAUGGCGCCACAUAAACCAAAACAACGGCUAUCUAAGCAACUAUCAAUGCGUGAGACACCACGAGAUGUUGCUUGGGAAAAAAGGCGUCGUCAAAUGUUAAAGAUUCAGGAGAAAAAGCAAAAAGGCGUCUCUGAAAACGAUAAUGAUCCAUCGGAUCUAACUGAUGAAGAUUUAAGGGAGCUCAAAGGGUCGAUCGAGUUAGGAUUCGGUUUCAAUGAAGAAGCCGGACAGAAGCUGUGCAACACAUUACCAGCAUUAGAUCUUUACUUUGCUGUGAAUAGGCAACUUUCACCUCUCCCUUCACCUAGUAGCAGUCGUAGCAGCAAUGGAGGAGAUGGCUCGUUGUCUUCUACUUCUGCUUCAUCGAGCAGCAUACCUUGUAGCCCAAAAACCGACUCGGAUUCAUUAAAGAUCCUAUGCCCGGGGGACAAUCCUCAACAGGUGAAGCAAAGAUUACGACAUUGGGCACAAGCUGUUGCAUGUUCUUUGAUGCAAUCUCACUGAUGAGUGUAGAUGUUGCGACUUUACGUUUCAACGUAAAACACUUAUUUUUUGUUUACUUUUGUGGGUGAAAUAGGACAGAGAAAGAAUCCUACUACGAGGAUCUAUCUGAACAAAAAAAGAUAGUAAAGUUUUGGGAGAAAAAAAUAGAGAGAGUAAGAGAUUAUGGUUCUCUCUACAUACUUGUGCAAAGCGAACAAGAUGAAAAGAUGACGUAGCCCUUUCUUAUUCAUUUACUGGAUUAUUAACUUCUAAUAUAUGGUCGUGUAAUUGUUACGAUGGUUAUUUUGAGGGAUGUUUUCCAUAUUUUUUACGGCUUUAUAGUUUGACUUCAUAACAUUUUUGACAAUAUUUUUAGUUGUGUAUAAUAUCUGAAAUACAAUAGGAAAGA